AAAUGCUCCCCCAAAAUAUCCCACAAACGCGUAGAGAUACAUGCGGUUUAUUCCUGCGCGCCAAGCGAAACGCAGAUUUGCUGAAGCGAAAAGAACUUUUCCCACAAAGGGGGGAAACUUCACAAGAGCAGCAGUGCGCGGUAAGGCGAAGCAGUGUUAAACCGUCACUACACCAGUUACCUGUGCAAUAGGGCGAAGGAAGCGCACACCGGCUUCUCCCCUACACGGCUUCCCCCCAACGUGCUUCACGGCCGCUUGCGAAGUAUCCAAUCUGAUUGCCACAUUACAAAGGAGGGAAAAUGAGUUGGGCACAGUGGUGGCCUCAUGACCCAGCCCCCAAAACGGACUCCCUUGAUCCGUACCUCGUCAAAGUGGAGAAGCAAAAGGUUUACUGGUACUGUGCCUGCGGGACGAGCAAAAAUCAACCGUGGUGUGAUGGAACCCACAAAGGGAGUGGAAGGAAACCCAUCAUGUACAUCCCCCAGACAAGUGGAUACAGACUUCUGAGUGGUUGCAGGCAGAGCACACACCUUCCGCAUUACGAUUUUUCGGAUUUAUGGGUCCGAGCGAAUAAAAACGUCCCGAAAGCUGCCGUCUUUACAUACGUUGCGCUUUUUUCAUUUGGAAUUAUGACCACCUGGUUGUUUCACCCGUAG